CAAACGGUCCCAUCCUUAGUUGUUUCCCACGGUCCCAAGUUUUGAUUUUUUUUCUCUCUGAAUGCACCACACACAAAGAAAAUGCUGAAAAGUGCCGACAAAGUGAAGGAAAAGUCAAGUGUCUGAGUGCCAGAUUAGCCGAGACGUUUUUCCGCCCCGCGGAAAGCGAGCAAGUCCGGGAAACUCCAGAGGAGAGGAGGAGAAGCAGCAGCAGAAGGAGAAGGAGAGGAAGAAGCUGGAAAAAGAGGAGUAGGAGUAGAAGGAGGAGGAGUAGCGGCCACAAUGACCACCCAGCGAACACAGACCCAGACGAGGAGUGCCAACAAUUCCGACUCCGACUAUGAGACGCUGAUGCAACGCCUCCAUAUCGGCGCAGGAGGAGGCGGUGGCGUCGGCGCAGCUGCCGGGGGCGUGGCUAUGAGAAACUACCAACGCUCGCCGGGCGCCAUCGAGCACUUUCUGCAGGAUGGACAGCAGCAACAGAUGCUGAUGCAGCAGCAGCAGCAGUCACUGCAUCAUCAGGACUACAAGCUAUAUGAGCGCGGCAACAUCAUUGCCGCCUCCAAGUACGCCACACCCCGGCCCGUGGAGCAGGUGAUGAUGGGCCACAGUCACAGUCACAACGGUAGUGCCCACAUUUAUGCGCCCACCGCCCAGGUUCUGGGCCAGCGGAUUGCACCCCAAAAGCACUCGCCCGUGUAUGAGAACCUCGAGUUCUAUGGCCAGUUUGAUUCCAAUCACAAACGCGCCCAGCCCCAGAGUCCUGGCAGCCGGCAGAGCGCCAUGCUCAAUGACUACCUGCUGAUGCAGCCCAUUGGCGGCGGACGCUUUGCCCACACACCAGUCCCAGGGGAGAAUUCGGGCGGAGCUAGGAGUGCCGGAGCGGGAGCAGCCUCAGCAACUGCAGGAGGCAGAUCCAUUGCUCUGGGACCCACUGGCGAUCUCGAGGAGCAUGCGGCACCCAUCUAUGAGAACAUCAUUCCGCAUUCGGGACAGCGUGCCCAGCCGCAGGCAUCGCCGGCCACUGCCACCAUGUACCAGGAGAUGCAGCCGGCAGGCAAUUCGUCUGGCGGCUCGUCGGCAUCCACCUCUGGCCUGGAUCUCAAUGCUCUGCUCGCCUCACCCAUGCACCAGCGCAGCAUUAGCAGCAAUACGGCCAGCACCAGCGGCGGCGGCGGCGGCUCCCUGGGCUCGCCCACGCAACGGUAUAGGAACCUAUCGCUGCCCAGUCACCUCAGUCCCGUGCCGCCACCCGCAUCACAGUCAUCGGUGGCCAAGCUGCAGCAGCACACGCCCAUCAAGUCGCCAAUUAGCCAAGUUGGUGGCGCCAUUAAUGUCUCGGUGAAUCCCAACUACAUCGAGGACAUUAACAGCUCCGAUUAUGUGUGCAUGACCGCCAAUCUGCAUCGGAAUACAGCGGCGGGUUUGGCCACGGGUCGAGCAGCGGCCACAGGAGCAAUGCCUCAGCGAACUGUCCAGGAACCGGCCAUGAUAACCACUUCAUCUUCAGCGGGAGCAGCAGCAGCGGCGUCGGCAACAGCAACAGCCAUGGUCACCUCAAUAGCACCAAGCACGACGGCUGCAGCAGCAGCAGCACCAAUACCCGCCACCGGAUCCCUGAGAGCCACGCCCAUAGCUAUGACCGCUCCCCUGGCGGUGGCCACAUCGCCCACGCCCUCGCAGGGCAGUACAGCGGUGAAUGCCGCCCUGCGACCCAGGAGAGGUCUCACCAAGAAUCUGCUGCCGUAUAGCGUCACCCCGCCGCGUCCGGCUGGUCCGACGGAGGCCCAGCGGAAGAUCGAGGAGCUAACCCGGCAGCUGGAAGAGGAGAUUGAGCAGAGCGAGGAGCAUGGCGAAUAUUUUGGCAUUUGUCACACCUGCGGCGAGAAGGUAAAGGGUGCUGGACAGGCCUGCCAGGCCAUGGGUAAUCUCUACCACACCAAUUGCUUCAUUUGCUGCUCCUGCGGACGAGCGCUGAGGGGCAAGGCCUUUUACAAUGUGCAUGGCCGGGUGUAUUGCGAGGAGGAUUAUAUGUAUUCGGGCUUCCAGCAGACGGCGGAAAAGUGCGCCAUUUGUGGCCACCUGAUCAUGGAGAUGAUCCUGCAGGCCAUGGGCAAGUCGUAUCACCCGGGCUGCUUCCGGUGCUGUGUGUGCAAUGAGUGCUUGGACGGUGUGCCCUUUACCGUGGAUGUGGAUCACAAGAUUUACUGCGUCAACGAUUACCAUCGAAUGUUUGCGCCCAAAUGUGCCAGCUGUGGCAAAGGCAUCACACCCGUCGAGGGCACCGACGAAACGGUACGCGUGGUCUCCAUGGACAAGGACUUUCAUGUGGACUGCUACAUCUGCGAGGAGUGCGGCAUGCAGCUAACCGAUGAGCCGGACAAGCGCUGCUAUCCGCUGGACGGACGCCUGCUCUGUCGCGGCUGCCAUUUGCAGCGUUUGGCCCUGCAAUCCUCGCCGCAUGCCCGCCACCAGGAGCCCGUCUGCGCCUCGUACCAGUACAUGGGAUGAAGCGGCAACUCCCCGACUGAAAUCAGAACCCGACCCGAGCAAAUCCUGGAAUCGAAUCUGUGUGUUCCAUUUUGUAUUCCAAUUAUCAAUAUUAUUAACCUAAAAUCAGACAGAAAUGUGAGGACAAAAUGCAUUUAUAUAUACGAAGUAGAUCGCUUAGUGGGUUCUUGCUUCCCUCUUUUUUUUUACAGCGCAUGAGAGAUCUAUGCAAAUUAAAGAAAAUGUGUAAUGGGGGAUUCCUCAAGUAACUGACCAUACAUUAAUGUGUUCUGGGCCUGCUGUGGUGUUCCAUAAGCUAUUUGUACACAUAUAUAUAUUAUUUUAUAUAUAUUAGUAUCCGGUGUCUCAAAUAUAUUGCAAUAAAAGUAUUUUAUUCGGAA